UUCCAGGGGAAGGGACAGUGCAGGCUUUCCUCUUCCCCUUAGUGACAUCAUGGCAAAUUCCCAAACUUGAAAGGACUCAGCUCAGGUGACAUCCAGCUGGGCAGAGCCGGCCCGGGCCGGCCUGGGGGGCCUUAGUACCAGCUGGAGGGGUUGGGUACUGCGCCCUGCUGGGCCAGCGCUCUGGGGGCGGGGUUCUGCUCCGCCCUCCCUUGGCGCGGACUGUGCCCUCGGCGGGCACGCGGACCGGCAGGGUAGGGCUAGGGCCGGGCUCCUCUGGGCCAAGGAUCAAGGUCCCUGGCUGGCGUAGGCCCCCAGGCAUUCCAGUCUUCCCUACUGGGAUUCUAAAGAGGGCGCAGUAGAGCUUCAGCAGAGAGUGAGAAAACGCGCCACCUCGGCCAGAGGUGGGACCUACCGUCAUCCCGCCCUAGGGCGGAGUUAUUUGAACUUGAGACCCGCCCUCAACACUGAAGCAAUUGUUCGGGGCGGAAGUUAGGAAGCCCCGAGAGCCAGGCGACGGAAGUGGCCGUCUUACUGCUUGUCGGUGCGCAUGCGUUGUUGUAUUCUCUGACUGCUGCUUUUCAGGCGCUGCGUUUUCCCCUCUUCUUUCCUCCACGCGAGUGGGUGCACGUACUCUUAGUCGUGGUCGCGCGCUAAGCCCUUGUGCUGCUCUCGUGGCCCUUUCACCAUGGCGGGCAUCCUAUUUGAGGAUAUUUUUGAUGUAAAAGACAUUGACCCGGAGGGCAAGAAGUUUGACCGAGGUAGGUAAGUGUCUCGACUGCAUUGUGAGAGUGAAUCUUUCAAGAUGGACCUUAUCUUAGAUGUAAACAUUCAGAUUUACCCUGUUGACUUGGGUGACAAGUUCCGAUUGGUCAUAGCCAGUACCUUGUAUGAAGAUGGUACGCUGGAUGAUGGUGAAUACAACCCCACAGAUGAUAGACCUUCCAGGGCUGACCAAUUUGAGUAUGUAAUGUAUGGGAAAGUGUACAGGAUUGAGGGAGACGAGACUUCUACUGAAGCAGCAACACGUCUCUCUGCCUACGUGUCCUAUGGGGGCCUGCUCAUGAGGCUGCAGGGUGAUGCCAACAACCUGCAUGGAUUUGAAGUGGAUUCCAGAGUUUAUCUGCUGAUGAAGAAACUGGCCUUCUGAACCACCUGGGGAGCCAACCUUGCUGCCUAGACGCUCCAGUCAUGAAUAUUCAUUCAAGCCUGAGCAGCAGUUGCUGUUGUUCACCUGUUCAGGAGGGGCACUGUGGGUACAUCUCUAGGUGGUCUGGGCUCAAUGGGAAACUGACUUGCCUUGAAAGACCCAGUGGGAGAGCUUAAAAUGAGUCAGAAGUUGUUUUGUAUAUAUGAUUUUUUACAAUUAAACUUUACUUUUUCAGACUUUUCACCCCUUAAAUAUUUUUUUUUUCCAUUAACUUUAAAAUCAUUUUUUCCAAUUUACCUAUGAUGUAUUAUAUUUCUGGUCCAGAGCUAUAUGAUCACAUGUCAAUGCAGGAUCUGUCCCUGCCUUUUGGUAUCUGGGUUCAGGGUUUCUCAGUCUCCUGGCUGACUCUCCCCAACAGUUAUCCUCUAAUGUGAUUUUCUAUCUGGGAGAGAGAACGUCGUGCUUUUGGCGCCUGAAUGUACCCCAGGUCCGGAAGAUACCACCCAUUUGGCAUAGAAAUUUGAAUUGGCAAGGAGCCCUGUUCGUGUCCUAACACUUGCAGUCUCUUAGGAAGUCAGGUCACGUUGACUUGAAUGAGUCACUUGCAUAGCCUGGAAAUGUUCAUCAUUUUUAUGGAAGCUUUGGGUAGAGGCUUUUAGACACAUGCAUGGGACACGACUAUGAAGAGAAUAGGAAGAGCGGGGUUUGGUGGUUAUGGGAGCAGGUGGAGGAGCUAGUUGUCUGCUCUACAUUCUAGUGGUUUCCUCGAGGGAGGGUAAGUGGUUUCUUACCAGUGACACUGAACAGGGAGCUGCUGCACAGACCAGUGAAGUGGACAGGGCAGCAAUACCAAUGAGGUUGGCAGUCCAGUGCCAGUGCCUCGGACAAUGCAGCAGCCCGAGUGCAGCCACUAACGUAAAAGUGGGGGAAGAACACAGUUGAGGAAAUGGUGAUGCCUGCAAGGAUUCCAGCAUAGGAGCUGGCACUUCAGCCUGGCAUCCGAGGUCUCUGAGAAAGUAUCCUGGGUCUCUGAUUUCCCCUGGGAAAUUCAGGUUAAAGAUCCUAACACAUUGUGAGUGUGUAUGAAGCAGUUGUCUCUUGAUUUCCUAUUUUGCCAUGGGAGCAGGUCCCUCCCCUGCUGGGAUGCCUGGGGUAUCUCCUUCCCCAUCAUUUUCAAGUCUUUACAUGAGGUGUUAGAAAUAGUAUUUAGGGAAAUGGGUUGAAAUAUGGUCCCUGCAGAGAGGAGGAAAAGCUGUUUCUCUUGCUUUAGUUUGGGGUAGGGAGGGUGGAUAGAGAAAUUGGAGAAGCAGUGGGAGUUGGGAUGAAUUUUUAUGGAAUCCUAGAACCUUUCCAUGGAGUCAAAUUUGAGGGGAGGAAGCGUUGGAAUAGGAUGAAUUUAGGUUAGAGUGGGUAUGUAGGGGAAUCUAAUUACCGGUAAUAAUUUGUGGGGUAGCAUAGCAAACUGUCCUAACUGCUCUGGGGUGGCAGAAGAAAGAGAACUAACUGGUGUACAGUUGAAUAGAGGUAGGAAUGUUCUGUUGUUACAAUUUUUGUUGUUUGUUUGUUUUUGGUGUGUGUAAAGGGAAGAAGAAACAGAACGAUUUGGGAAUGGGUUAGAUCCUCAAUAGGGGUAGAUUAGUUCACGUUGGAGAAGACCAUGAGUUAUUUGCAUUUGCCCUGGAAUAAGUCAAUACUGGAUGCCUGGAAGUUUCUGGCUACAUACUUCUUGCAGUUUUGCCAUCGUUGUAUCUCAUCUGACUGUACUGAGAACCCCUAAUUCUUUGUCUCUGUUCCCUUUGGCAUAUCUUGUGCUGGGUGCUGCCUCUUUCAUGUACCAUAAAGUGUUUCAUUUGAUUAUUA